UUGCAGACGCUCCUCGCAGCGCCGCUGGCUCGGUCCUCAGCGCAGAUCUUCUGCUCCUCCCCCCACUCGCGCUCAGGCUCGAUCCCAGGGAUCGGAUCUUCCGCGCGUCGGCGGCUCCCCCUCGGCGGCGUCCAGCGACGGAGGGGCAGUCCCAGGCUCGGCGGCGGCGUCGGCGGCUCCACCUCCAGCCUCUCGCCAGUCGCCUCGCGCCCUCGCCUCCGUCCUCCGCGCACCGGCCGGCGACCCUGCAUAUGAGCGUCUGACAAGUCGAUUUUGAGGCCAUUAUUUGAUACCCCAGGAGAAGUGCACCGAUUGCAUGCCCAUUUUAGCCUGUUGAGAUGGCUACACAAUUGCCGUGCUUCACACAGCUCAGCCCACCGUCUUCUAGUUGGGUAAAAGAUGUCGGGAACUGCAAGGCAGCUACGCCUGGUAGGGUAGUCAGAAGUGCUCGAGCUUUGGGCCACUCUCACUUCCGGUGCUGUGCAAGCCCCCGCAGUGCCAACUCUUUCAAGAAGAAAGACUCUUUCCUCGAACUUCAUCCUGAGGUAUCUCUGCUCCGUGGCGAGAAGACUGUUGACGUUGUGCCAAUGAAAGGUUCCACUGAUGGGAGUCUGUUAGAGGGUCCGGGGGUGCCGCCGGACCGGAAUGAUUAUAACGAGGCUAAGAUCAAGGUAGUUGGAGUAGGAGGUGGGGGUUCGAAUGCAGUCAAUCGGAUGAUUGAGAGCUCCAUGAAUGGUGUUGAGUUUUGGAUCGUGAACACUGAUGUGCAGGCUAUAAGAAUGUCACCUGUGCUCCCCCACAAUAGACUGCAGAUUGGACAGGAGUUGACUCGAGGCCUGGGCGCUGGGGGAAACCCUGAUAUUGGGAUGAAUGCAGCAAAGGAGAGCAGCGAGUCCAUUCAGGAAGCUCUUUUUGGUGCUGACAUGGUUUUUGUGACGGCUGGAAUGGGUGGAGGAACUGGAACUGGAGGUGCUCCUGUAAUUGCUGGAAUCGCCAAAUCCAUGGGUAUACUUACCGUUGGCAUUGUCACAACGCCUUUCUCAUUUGAGGGGAGGAGACGGGCAGUCCAAGCUCAGGAAGGCAUAGCAGCAUUGAGAAAUAGUGUGGACACCCUAAUUGUCAUCCCAAAUGAUAAGCUGCUGUCUGCUGUUUCUCCAAAUACACCUGUAACCGAAGCAUUUAAUUUGGCUGAUGAUAUUCUUCGACAAGGCAUUCGUGGUAUAUCUGAUAUAAUUACGGUUCCGGGGUUGGUUAAUGUUGAUUUUGCUGAUGUGCGUGCUAUCAUGCAAAAUGCAGGGUCAUCUUUGAUGGGUAUAGGGACUGCUACAGGAAAGUCAAGAGCAAGGGAUGCUGCUCUUAAUGCCAUCCAGUCGCCACUGCUUGAUAUUGGAAUUGAAAGAGCUACUGGCAUUGUGUGGAAUAUCACUGGGGGAACUGACCUGACUUUGUUUGAGGUAAAUGCUGCGGCAGAAAUUAUCUACGACCUUGUUGAUCCAAAUGCUAAUCUGAUAUUUGGCGCUGUCAUAGACCCGUCACUGAGUGGACAGGUGAGCAUAACCUUGAUAGCUACUGGCUUCAAACGGCAGGAUGAACCAGAAGGUCGCGCUUCUAAGGGUGGCCAACAAGGUGAGAAUGGCCGACGCCCAUCCUCUGCAGAAGGCAGCAUGGUGGAGAUCCCAGAGUUCCUUCGAAGAAGAGGACCUUCUCGCUUCCCUCGAGUUUGACUGUCCAGUCAUGCUCCCUGCUCCUGCCCAGCACCUGUAUAAUAUGCCCCACUCUUAGAUCAGAAUUAGUGUUCUUGUAUGGCACCAAGCCUUCUGUAGGCAUCCUCUCUAGCAGUUCUCUCUGGUUUUGUUUUGCGAUAUUUUCCCCCCCCCCCCCCGCUGAUUCUUACGGUCAAUAAUAUGUAGCUGCUGUGAGCUCUCUAGUGCUAUAUAUAUAGUUCAUAGAGAAUGUGUUUUUCCCUUCCAUUGCCUGUUAUACUUGGAUCUGAAUGGAUGAUACAGUGCGGCUAGUCCUGUGACAUGGUAGCUGAAGAAGUGAAGAUUGCCUGCUUGGCUGUGUUUUCUUGGCUC